AUGGUUUCUCUCAGAGCUUUCCUCCUCGUCCUCAUUUUCCACACUACAGUUGUGGUCCCAGCAGCCAGUGUAACCCUGAGCAGGCUGGAGCGCUGGGUCCGGUCAGCCCUCCAGUCACUGCAGUGGAACCAGCUGGAGCGCUGCCGUCGCCUGUCCUCCCUCUCUGAGGCUGAAUGCAGGCAGCACGCCCACCUGCCGCUGUCCUCGGUGGCUGUGUACGUGUCGGAGCCUUACAGUGUUGCAGGUCACUCUGACAAAGUUUUGGCCAUCCUACCAGACUCCUCCGUCGGGAUGUUGAGCUCCAAGCUACGGAGACGCUUCAGCGGCAGCCAGGUGCUGAAUGGGAUGCAGGGUCCCCACAGACACCAGCAGUCUCUCCCUCGCUCCAUGGCCCAUGAUGCUGUGUUACUGCUAGAUCCAAGCCCUGGGGAGAACUUUGGACACCCAGUAGUCCUCUUCUAUGUGGAUGUGAAUGUGACAAAGAAAAGAUGCUCCCACUUAGAUGGCAUUUACCUGGGUGAUGAAUGUUUGACGCUAGCUUUAAAGGGUCGCUGUGAGAACCAGCUGAAGCAUCGUCACACCGGGGCGGAAAGGGUGAUUGGUAAUGGUCACAUGACAGUUGGGAUGCUACACAGUGGCACCAUUACCACCAGCGGUGGUAACCGUUUUUUAGAGCGUGCCAUUGGAGGGCUCUGUGAGGUCCACUUCCUCCCACUGGUGGUUGGAGUCAGAGACAGUAACCGAACACAAAGACUCAGAUGUGUUGACCACACAGACUUUGCAGCAUGUCCUCAGCUGCUGCCCAUGAGCUCUCCUAGUUUGCCCAUCUCAAGCUGUGAGCUGAAUAAAAACACGAGACGCUGCCAUCAGCAGCCACUGGGCACUCACCUCUCCUGUCGCCUCUACCAGACCUGUGACCAUGCUGUCCUCAUUUCAGGUGGCUGGCAGCAACAAAUGAUGUUCCAGCAUCAUGUUCAGAAUCUUCAGCGGUUCUACAAAAUGCUGCAGAACAACGGCUUCCAUAAGGAUCACAUUAAGAUCUUCUUUGGCAGCAGUGGACAGCUUCCUGAGGAUGUAGAGGGUGCAUACUCUGCAACAGAGAAAUCGGUGAUCCGUAACCACGUGUCGUACGUCUGCAGGAAGCAGCACUGUGCCGACAUGUUGGUUCUGUACCUGAACUCACCCACGUGCAAUGAUGGCACCAUGCUGUUGUGGGAUGCCAACCUUAAUGGCAUUGCAGAUCUAAAAGAACGCUACUCAGUCAACGAGCUGUUGGCCGACCUGGCCGGCUGCAGGGCAACUCGUGUCCUGCUGUUUGUGGAUCAGAGCUACAGCGGUGUCCUAUCCAAGAGGCUGCAAGGCUCUCAGAAACACCUCAAUGUGGUUCUAAUCCAGAACCAGGCCAGGCAGACUUAUGCCCACCUGAACCACAGGUUGAGUCCAGGCUGGGAGGACAGCAGCUGGUCCUUAAUCAGUCCUGCCACCUGCUUGCUGGACCACCUGGGAAAGGAUGUUGGGAUGUUUCGCCUUCUGGAGCCAUGGGCGGGUCUUUUAAACGUGACCUUGGCUGGUGCCCCGUGCAAUGCCACACCACCUCUAACAGAUAGCGAGAUGCGGCGAGAGUACCAGGGCUGCCAGAAUCUGCCGACUGCGCUUUGGCACCAGAAACACAGACGGGCGAAAUAAGCAGAGCAUGGAGACGUGCUGGGAGACUUUGAGAGAGGAUGAAUCAUGGACACACACACACACACACACACAUAGAAAUUUGCAAUGCAAAACUACAAUUUUGUUGCUGCGCGUGAGUGUGUGUGUAUUAACCAAUGUACACGGUGGACACUGCUGUGUGUGUGUGUGCCGUUUAUGUCCUAACUCUGAACUUGGACUGUAACCAUGAAGAUGACAGCUCAUCCCAACGGGAUUGUCCUGAACUCGGUGUUACCAGCGUGUGUGCUUGUUUGUAUGUGUGUGUGUGUUUGUGAGUUCAGCAAGAGGACAGGGGCUCUCAGAGACCAGCGCUAGCUGAUGCUCCGGCCAUUGUUGGAGUGUGGGACAGUGUGUACGCCGUAUCUCCUGGGCACUUAAAUGUUUUAGAUCCAAUCAUCCCUCUCUAUUUUUGUCUGUCCUUUAUUUAUUCUCAUUUGCCUUCUGUUUGCAUUUUCCACUUGUCCUGGACUUCUUUCUGCUUGUAUAUCGAUCGCUCUUAGUCUCUUUCCUUCCUCUGCAACACUUUUCUUCUUUUUGCUUUCACUCUAUAAGGAGCAUUCUCAUGUAAAGUCAGCAAACCUGUUAACCUGUUUUGACCAGAUUUGUAUAUCACUGUAUUCGCUUCUAUACAUGCAGGGUUUGUGUUUCGGUGACCAGUGAUAAUAUACAUAUAUAUAAUUAUAUAUAAUUAGAUUAUUGGGGAUGCUGAAUGGCGAGUCUUUCUGCGGUCAAGGAAAGGCAUUCAGCGCCCAUUUAAUUGUCUGUAAGUCAGCAGCAACUGCAGCAUGGAGCUACAGCAGAUAUGUUUAAUGUUAGUGUUUAUAAAAACAGCUAAUUAUGUCUUUAUUGAAACAAAACGACUUUGAUCAUUUAGAUUUUUUGCUUCACAGAGGACACAAUUCUGCUGAUUAUUCAGAGAAGAAGAAGACAUAUUCCUUUGAUGCCGCUCAUUUCCAAAUGAUAACUACACAUUAGGAGUGUAAAACCGAGCCGACUGUCAAGGUGUUGCUGCUCACUUCAGGCAAAAUUCCUAAUGAUUAUUUUACAUCUUAAAAUGUAUCUGUUUUCACAGUAGAUGUCAGUAUUGUCUCUACGAUAUCAUGAACAUGUGUCAGGAAAUAAAAAACGACCUCAUGAAAAGUCCUGGGCUACAGCAUCACAGGACUCCAUCCAUCCAUCCAUUCAUCCAUUUUCUUCAGUCCCCCUUUGAAGCUGGUAGUCCAGAGAGCUCUCCAAAUUUUACAGUGAUAGCAGGUGAUAGUGGGUCUGACUGUGAAACUGCAUGCUCAUUGGCUAACGAUAAAAAACAGAUGUUAUAUUUUUUUUUUCUUCAGAAUGACCCACAAAAGUGACUGAGCCCAUGAACUCAGCAGCAGAGCAUUUACAGAGAUCAGGUCAGAAACUGUUUCCUCGUAGACUUUUAUAGAAUCAAAGGAUUUUUAUUUUUUUGCAGCCACAGCGAUCAACAUCUCAACAUCUGGGUUUUUAGGCAUUACAUUUCAUUUUUCAGACCCUAUUAAUCUUUUUUACUGUCUAUGGCCUAAAUGUCUCCCUAAUGGCUGAAAAAAAAGAUGUAUUCAUUACUUCCACCUUUACUACAAAACCAAGAUGGCAACUCUUAAAUGUACACCCUUCAUUCACCGAUUAACAGUCAGAGUACAUCUUUAAGGUUCUUCUCGUACACUUUGUGUUUGUCUGUUUGAACGCAGUCAUGCACUCAUACUAGAUAGGAAUGCACCAUUCCACGUUUCUUCCCAGUUCC